AGUUUGUCUUCGAUCGUGGGACGCGCUGGAUGUGGUUUUACCCCAACAAUACACUACGUCCGUCUACCGUCUCGUCUUGACGACUUGCACCCAAACAUCUUGUCAGCUGAGUUAAACUUAAAGAAGAAAAAAAAAGUAAAGAAAUUCGUGACAAAGAGUGAGCGUCGCCCCGUGCAUUUGCCCACCGAAACGCACCUCGUUAGGCGCGCUGCUAGUAUAGCAUCCAAAGUAGCAUCAAUUUGUGCAUUGGAUGGCAGCAUAGUCGCGAUUUUGAUUUUAUUUCCUCUUUGUAUUUUGUGCUGUGUGUUUUUUUCCUUCAACACUGUAUUGAAUUUAUAAGUUUCUUGCCAUUCAUUUCGGCUCUACUCUCGCAAACUAUUAUAUGCUUCGGGCUCUUUCCUAUAUAUAUGUUCCACAACGACUCUGAGUUAUAUUUCUGUUACAUCUUCUCCACUGUGUUGUGUUUGUGAGGCUCGGUUUUUUUCCUACUUGCUUUCAUUGAGCGUCCAAAAAGGCGCAAGAAGUACUGGGCAUAGAAAAAAAAUUAUAUAUACACUCAUAUGUACUUAGAAUUAUAUACAGUGCCGUUGUGAAGAAGAAAAGAAGCAAAAUUUUGAGAGAAAAGACAAUUUGUGACAGUGAAAACGCAUGUUGUAAGAAAAGUGGAGUUUAGUGUUUCUUCUGUUCUAUUGCGCUCUGUGGUGUGAUUAAUCAAAGUCCGCAGGUACACGCAAGUGUGAUCAAAAAUUUUAUUACAUUUUUUUUCUUCAUUUACUUGGAAAGACAUAAUUUAGAUUAAAGAGAACACACACAGUUGCUUAAGAAACUUCUCAAAAAGAACCGCCGACGCCGCCUGGCAAAACGGCAGUGAAAAAAAAAGUGAAUGAAAAUGAAUGAAAAUCCUGCAAAAAUGAACAAGUCAGUGCUGUGGCAGCUACUUCCCUGCCUCCUAAUUCUCCUCAUGCUCGUAGAUGCAGCAAGGAGUGACUACGAGAAUACGUGGAAUUUCUAUUAUGAGCAGCCUUGCUGUGGUAACACCAAUGGGCAGCACCACUUGAGGCAUCACAGAGAUCAUGUCAGGGAGUUCAGCUGUGGAAAGUUAUACUACAGAACGUUCCUGUUGGAUGAAAAGAAGGAUGUUCUCUACGUUGGUGCAAUGGAUCGUGUUUUUAAGCUCAAUCUCAAAAAUAUCAGCUUAUCCGGCUGUGAGAAGGAUCACAUUGUGCUGGAACCAACUGGGUACGACACCACGAACUGCGUAUCAAAAGGCAAAAGUCAGCUCUUUGACUGUCGAAAUCACAUCCGAGUCAUUCAGUCAAUCGAAGAGGGAACACGACUCUACGUCUGCGGAACGAAUGCUCACAACCCGAAGGAUUAUGUAAUUUAUUCCAACCUUACACAUCUGCCCCGAUCUGAGUACGUACCAGGCGUUGGGACGGCAAUUGCAAAGUGUCCGUAUGAUCCAUUGGACAACUCAACGGCGAUUUACAUUGAAAAUGGAAAUCCAGGAAAUCUUGCAGCUCUGUAUUCGGGAACAAAUGCAGAAUUCACAAAGGCGGACACAGUCAUUUUCCGGACAGAUCUCUACAAUAUGACGUCCGGAAAGAGGGAAUAUAAUUUCAAGAGGACACUCAAAUAUGACUCCAAAUGGCUCGACAAACCAAACUUUGUGGGAUCCUUCGAUGGUGGCGAGUACGUUUACUUUUUCUUCCGCGAAACUGCAGUGGAGUACAUAAAUUGCGGCAAAGCCGUGUAUUCGCGGAUAGCGCGUGUGUGCAAAAAGGAUACAGGCGGAAAGAAUAUCUUGAGCCAGAAUUGGGCAACGUAUCUCAAAGCCAGAAUUAAUUGCAGCAUCUCCGGCGAGUUUCCAUUCUACUUCAAUGAAAUCCAGUCCGUCUAUCAGCUGCCAAAUGACAAGACCAAAUUCUAUGCCACAUUUACCACCAGCACUAAUGGACUCGUGGGCUCGGCUGUCUGCAGCUACGACAUUAAUGAGAUUCACGCAGCUUUUGCAGGAAAAUUCAAGGAGCAAGCAACAUCCAAUUCAGCCUGGUUACCCGUAUUGAAUUCGAAAAUUCCCGAACCACGUCCAGGCACAUGUGUCAAUGACACAUCAACCCUUCCGGACAAUGUGCUCAACUUUAUCCGAUCGCAUCCAUUGAUGGACAAAGCCGUCAGCCACGAACACAAUAAUCCUGUGUUCUACAAGAGGGACCUCGUGUUCACGAAACUCGUUGUGGACAAAAUUAAAGUGGAGAUCCUAAAUCAGGAGUACACCGUAUACUACGUGGGAACAAACAAUGGGCGCAUCUAUAAAAUCGUACAGUACUACAGGAAUCAGGAGUCCAAGUCCAAAUUGCUUGAUAUCUUUGAAAUUGCUCAGAGUGAGGCAAUUCAGGUGAUGGAGAUUAGUCAAUCGAGGAAGUCACUGUACGUUGCAACAGACUACCGAAUUAAGCAGAUUGAUCUUGCAAUGUGCAAUAGGCGCUACGAUAACUGCUUCCGCUGCGUUAAGGAUCCCUACUGUGGCUGGGAUAAGGAUACCGGAACGUGUAAGCCGUAUGAGCUUGGUUUACUGCAGGACGUUGGUAAUGAGACCUACGACAUUUGCGACACGAGUGUACUAAAAAAGAAAAUAGUGGUAACUUAUGGUCAAAGUGUUCACUUGGGAUGCUUCGUUAAGAUACCGGAAGUCCUGAAAAAUCAGCAAGUGACAUGGUAUCAUCAUUCAAAAGAGAAAGGACGGUACGAGAUUAAAUACAGCCCUACGAAAUACAUUGAGACGACGGAACGUGGACUGGUGGUCAUUUCGGUGAAUGAAGCCGAUGGGGGUCGGUACGAUUGCCAUUUGGGUGGUUCCCUCCUUUGCAGCUACAACAUCACUGUGGAUGCACACAGGUGUACACCGCCCAACAAGAGUAAUGACUAUCAGAAGAUUUACUCAGACUGGUGUCACGAAUUCGAAAAAUAUAAAUCAGCCAUGAAAUCAUGGGAAAAGAAGCAAGCGCAAUGCUCAUCGCGCCAGAACUACAGCAAUCAACAUCCGAAUGAUGUUUUCCACAGAAAUCCCAACGUCUGAUACUGAGGUGUUAGGAGUACUUAAAGAUUUUCUCCCACGAAAAAAAAAAGAACUGAUAGAACAUAAGAAUGGAUCACUUUUAGAACCAUAAGAGAGAGAGAGAAAACAAUAUUAAGAAAUCAUCCACAUUUUAGUAUCAACGUCUAUGCGAUGGAGGGAGGCCCUGUGAAAAUGGAAGUUAUAAAUCGGUAUAUAUAGUUUUCGAAAUAAGGAUGUUGUGAGAAAUUUAGAUUCUUUUUUUUUUAGUUAAUAGUGAAAAAAAAAUCGGGUUGACUUUUAGUAAGAUGUAACGUGAUGGAAAUGAUAAAAGCAAAAAGAAAAUGUGUAAAAUUAGAGGCAUCGUUAAAAUCCAGAGAGUGACAAUUGACGUAAAAAAAAUUGAAGAGAAAAAAGGAAUGAAUGUGAAAAAGUAUAUUUUUAUUACACACGAUGGAUAAAAGCAAUAUUUUUAUUUUUUUGUUCAAAUAGAUAAUAAAAAAAAUAAUUUCGAUGUAAAUUAUAUGAAAAAAAAAUGAUAAUUGUGGAUUUUUUAAAAUAAACGUUUAAAGUCGAAUUUAAAACAUUAGUUUACGAGAAACGCGUGAAAACAUAGAAUAGCUUUUUUACAUAAAUUUUCUUCUUUUUCAGAAAUUCUUUUUUUUUUCUAGAACAUUUUUACUUUUAUUGAAAAAAAGUACCAUUUAUAAUAGAAUUUUUGAUAAAUAUAUCGAGCUUCUAUGUUGAAAAUUCUUUUACAUUUUAAUUUUUAAUCUUUUUCAUUCAACUAUAAGAAAAAAAACUACAAAAACGAAAAUAACAUUUUAAUAAAUAAAGAAAGAGAAUCUAUUCAUAUAUAAAUUGCCACCAAUAUUUAUUGUAAAUACCUUCAAUCUUUUGAGUUCCGAUGUAAUGAGAAGAAAAUGAUAAUGAGAAGUGAAAUAUAAGAUUAAAAAAAUAUCUGAUAAGUUAAAUUUGUUCUCUAAGACUUAAACUUAAUAUAAAAAAAAAACUUAAAAGCUUCAUCACACUACGGCGAGUUUUAAUAUUAUUUUCAAAAAUAAAAAAAAGGAAAAUUUUAAGAAGAUUUUUAAAAUUUCCCGCAGUGUGGUAGUGGCGUAUAUCUCUGUAAAUUAAGGGCUUUGAGAGAAAAUGAUAUAAAAUGACGAAGGAUAACAUAAUAGACAUAAGCAAUAAUAGGAACUUGAGGUAAUUUUUGAGUUCUCCUCAAAACAAAAUAUCGAAAAUAAUGUGAAAUGAAAAUACAGUAAAAAACAUAUUUUCUAUUGUUUCCCAAACUAGAAAUAAAAGGAAAUCUUUUAAGUAAUGUGAAAUAAAUCCUGGGAGAUUUGUCAAACUUUCAUACUUCAGUCGCUUUUAGGAAUCAAAGUUUUUAUUUUAUUUUAAUUUAGUGUGUGUAUGUCGAAAGCUUUGGUAAAAUUACGCUGAGAAAAUUGAUAUGAGCUGUCAGAAAAUAAAUCUAAGACUUCUGUGACAUCUAGCGACGUUGUGACUAAUUUUUUUUAUCUUCUGGUUUUGCUUUCCUUUUAAAAAAAAACCUCAACACGAAAAGUUUGUUUUGAAAGGAUAAAAUGAAUUAUUCCCUUAAAAAAUUCAAUAUAAAGACACAAUUUUAAGUCUUUUGAAUAGAUUUUAAACUUUGACGUGAUUAAAUAAUUUUUUUAUAACUUUUAAUGGACAGACUGUAGUUAAUUUUAAUGAAUUAUCAAUAAUUAAUAUUAUAUACAUACAUCCAUUAUUAAUGUUUUAUGGAAAAUAAUUUUUUAUAGCUGUACUCAUUUAUUUUAAUUUUUUUCGCUGUUGAUAUUAAGCGCACAUUUAAUACAAUGAAUUAAAGUAAAAUAUAUCAGCGAAUUUUAUUUAUUUAAUUUAAAAAUAAAAAAUAAAUCCCUUCAAAGACAUGAAUUUGUUAGUUGAUAAAUCUCCCAAAAACUUGUAACUUUCUUCAAUAUAUAAACGCAGAAAACAAUCAACUUAGAUUAAGAGAAAAGAGAGAAGAAAUGAAAACAAUCUGACAAAGUGAGAAAAAACAAGGUUGAUCAUUGUGAAAAAAAAAAUGAAGAAAAUCUUACUAAUAUUAUACUCUUGUGUAUAGAGAACAAUGUAAUUAAAAAAGCAAAGUGAGAUAGUCUCUUUUUCUCUUGUAUAUUACUUUUUAAAAUACGGAAGCAUAAAGAAUUUUAAGUUAUAAAGAAUUUUUAGAAAUUUAAUUAAAAAACUCUCAAACAAGCAAAGGAAGUUUCUUUGUGGAAACUUUUAUGUUGACUUUUAUGCAUUUUCCAGGCAAAGGAGAAAAAAAACAUAUUGAGAGUUCAGGUAAAACAGCUAAAAGCAUUGAGAAGAAGUAAAAUAUAUUCUCUAUAUACAAAUUAAGUGCUUAAUUUGAUCAACAAUUGAUUAAUUUUAUUUUCUAAAUUCCUUCUAUAUUUGUUACUGUGUGAAUGUGAUGAUAGUAGAGGUCGAUGCAUUUUUUUUGUAGGUUUUAAGAUAUCGAAGUGAAUUUGUUAUAAAGAAGUGAAGAAAAAAAUGAAUAAAUAAACUUAAUUGCUAUAUAUAAUGGAGAAAACAUAAAAUGAGAGCAGAAUAGAGAAAAAAAUCGUGUAAAAUAGUAUUUAAAUAUGAAGGUGAAGAGACAGAGAGAAAUAAAUUUAAUAAGUAACGUUUUAAGGUUGGAUAUAAAAGGAAUAAAAUAAAUGAGAAAAAAAUAUGAUGACGAACCCUGUAGCUUCUGCCAAUGUAAUGACAAAACACACGAAAACACUACAUUUCUUAUUAAUCUUAAUUAAACUGACGAUAUAGCUGAAGUAUUUAUAUAUAUAAAAGGAAAAGCUCUAUGUGAGACACAAAAUGGCAUGCAGAGAAAUAGAAAAAAAGCAGAUCGAACAAACCCUCUAAACACUAAGUCUCUAAGUUCCAAUGUACACCGAAUUUUUAUGAUCGUGUACAAAUUGUGAUUCGGUUUAUCGUAAUAAAAAGAUUAUUUACAAUAAUUGAUUUUCACACAAAAUCAAGUAAAAAGUUAUUGUACUAUAUCGUAUAUUUACAAAAGUACCAUUUUGGAAGGAAAUUUUUAUUGACAGACACUGAAUUUUUAUUUUUAAAAAAAUCCUCAUUUUGUCUUACUUAAAAAUACGAAUUUUUAAUAAAAAUUUUAAUAUUCUAAGGAGUUUAUUUUGGAUACUUUAUCCAAAUAAUCGUUGUGAUGGAAUUCCUCAAAAUUCCAUUUUUUUUAUUAAAAACAUUAUUUUAAAUUUUAACAAAAAGUGAAACAUUUGAUUGAUUUUAAACAUGAUAUAGAAAAUAGGAGAAUUGCCCUAAUCGCACCUCCAAGAUUUAAAAAAGAAUAAAUCAAAUAAAAGAAUGUUUUAUUUUUUGAUUUUUUUUAAUUUUAGUGUCUGAUAAUAGAAAGAAACUUCAAUGAGGGCGCAAUAAACAUGAUGAUUUUCAAUGAAACUAAAAUAGAUUCUAAGUCCAUAUUUCAAAACAAUUUCUAUUAACAAAGCAUUUUAGCAACAACAACAAAAAAAUUUCAUCUGUCCCACAAAUCAUGAACACAUCAGAUUCAUAAAACAAUCAUAAUUCGAAUUUUAUGUACAAUAAAUGAUAAAGAAAAUCACCCAAAACAUUAUAUCGAGAAAAAAAAUCAUUUAAUUACGCGACACAACUCUCCUGAAUAAUCUCUAUUUUUUCGUGCUAUGUAAUUUCAGGCAAAAAUAAAUCGCAAAAUGAUAAGAAAAAGAUCUAUUUAGUAAUUCUUGUAAAAAAAAAGCAAACAGCUGUCCAAAAGAAAGUUUAAUGUCAAUUGGUUUUCAAGCUAUUUUAACGACUUUUUUUUAAACUAAAUUUAUGCGAAAAUUUAUUUCUUGAUUUAGGAGUUUUAAUUUUAAAACGGAAAUGUAUCUCAAUUAAGAUUUAAUUUAACUCUUUUUUUUAAUAAUAUCUAUAUAAAUUAUUUUAUAAGGAAAUUUCUUACCUAAAAAUGCAUUUGUUUACUUAAGAGAGACAGAACUCAUAAAGCAUUAGAUAAUUUUUCAUGAAUUAAUAAAAAGUUAUAAAAUAAUUUACAA